AUGGCUGAAUCUGUCAGCAUACAUUUUGAUGAUUAUAAAUCAAAUUAUAGUUCGUUAAAUGAAUUUAUUCAAGAUUUCUAUCUUAGAAAUCAAUAUAAACCAACAACUUUAACAUGCUAUAAUCAUUUGCAAUGUAAUCGUGGUGUAAAUUCAACAUGUCUUGAUUGGAGUGAAAUAUGUGACGGAAAAAUUGAUUGUUUAAAUGAUGCAGUUGAUGAAGAACAAUGUUGGUUAUUUGAACUUAAUGAAUGUCAAAAUGAAGAAUUUCGAUGUAAUAAUGGACAAUGUAUAUCAGAAAUAUUUCUUCGUGAUAAUCCUAAUAAUUCUUAUUGUCUUGAUGAAAGCAAUGAAAUAUUUUCACUUACCUCUAAACGUUACAAUUGCGAUAUAUUUGAACCAUCAUUUGAACGUACUGAACUACUCUUACAAGCAAUAUUUUUCGAUAACCUAAAGUCUAUAUCAGAUGAUUGUUGGUCAGCAUUUAAAUGUAUUAUUUAUAUACCAACUCUUCGAAAUUUAACAUGUCCAAGAAUAAUUUGUGAAAUUUGUCCAGAUAUGCUCUUAUUACCUGCUGGUUCGAUUUUAUUCGGUCUUAUUUAUCUUGCUUAUACAAAAAAUGAAUCUCAAUAUAUACGCUAUAAUGAUCAACUUUGUAAUGGUUUUUUUUUUCAAACAUAA